AUGGCUCUCACCAAUGGAGAGACCGUCACUAUUUCCAUCCGUCGUCCAACGGAGACCCCCGCCAUCUACGUUGCGGGGACGUUCUCGAAUCCCAAAUGGGAGCUUCUGGAGCUCAGCGCCAAACCCGUAGAGCACAAGGAUGCGGACGGGAACCCCGCUAAGACCGAAUACCUCUUCUCCAGAGAUGUUGAAUUGCCCGAGGGUCAAUACCAGUAUCGGUUCAGGGAGGGUACUGAUGGUCCGUGGUUCCACGAUAAGGAUGCGAAGCAUGCUGCUGAUGACGAAGGCGUCGUCAACAAUAUCCUCACUGUUGGCUUGAGUUCAUCCGCUGCGGCGCCUGUUGCCGCGGAAGCUAAGGCUGUCCAGAAGGAAACCGAAACUCCUGUUCAGAAUGGCACCAGCGAGAAGGUCGAGGAGACCGCGAAAGAGUCCGAGGUGCAACCCACAACGACAACCGAGGCGGCGAAGGGCGAAGUGCCAAAGGAGACUGAUAUCCCGGUGGUUGUUGAGAAAGAUCUUCACGCUGAGUCCGAACCCACGAUACAGGAGGUGAAGCCGGAGCCUGUUUCCGACACAUCCAACCAGAGCGACAUCCAGAAGGAUGCCACAACAGAACCUGCCUCGAACGCAGCCGCAGAACCUAAGACCAACGGCACCCACUCUACUGAGCAGAUUCCGGAAUCACAACCUGAUAGAGCUGUUGUGGAGAAGGCGGAGCCAGUGGAAGAGAAGGCAACUGAGGCUUCUCUGACAACUACAAAAGACGACAAAGAAAACAAGCCUGAAGAGAUUCCCAGCACUUCUGUUGAAACCGAGAAGCCUGAGACAAAGGAGGUCGAGAAGGCUGAGGAUCAGAAGCCGCAGGAUGUUGAAAUCGCCCCUGCUGCAGUUGAAGAGAAGACGGACGCCGCUAAAGAAUCAGAAGAGCCAGAGUCUGCCCUUGGAAAGUCCCAGGAAGACGCUGCGCCCGCACAAACAGUGACGGAGGAAGUGCCUGUUGUGGAAUCUAAUCCAGUGGAGCCAUCUUCAGCCCAACCGACAAAGGCCGAGACGGCCCCUACAGAGACAGCCACUGAUGAGGCGCCACUCGCCGAAGAAUCCUCCGAGAAAGCAGUACCCGCGGAACCCAUCGCUGAAGAGAAGGCUCAAACGACCAUCCAGGAUGAGUCACCCUCUCGGAACAACGUGGAGGAACGGCCAGCACAGGAGUCUGUCGAGGCGAAGAAGGUGGCCGACGAGCCAGCUGGGGCUUCUGGUGUCGAGCACUCGGCUACUGACGAGGCAGUUGUUGAGGAACCGAUCAAGGAAUCCGUCCCUGAGGAGAUUCCUGAAGAUUCUAAGAAGGAAGUUGCUGCAGAGACUCCUGUCGCAGAGUCAUCAACGACUGAGAAGGUCGAAGAGACGGCCCCUGAGGCUGAGAAGGAGCCAGCUGUUGAAGAAUCUGCCAAGGAACUGAUCCACGAGGAACAAGCAACCGAGACGGUUGCUGAAGAACCUUCCAAGGAGACACUGGUUGAGGCAGUUGCUGUAGAGACUCCUGUCGCAGAGUUAUCAACGACUGAGAAGGGGCCAGCUGUUGAAGAACCUGCCAAGGAAUCGACUCACGAGGAACAAGCAACCGAGACGGUAGUUGCCGAAGAACCGGCUAAGGAGACACUGGUCGAGGCAGUUUCUGCAGAGGAGCCUGAGGUGAAAUCCGCAGAACAGCCUGCCGUCGCCGAAGAGUCUGCCAAGGAGACUGUCGCCGAGCAGCCAUCUGCUGAGAUUGUUUCCACAGAGGAUUCAGCACCUAUUGCGGAAGUGACAGCCGCCAAGGAGCCCGAGGCGCAGGCAACUGAAGAGCCAGCCGCUGAUGAAACCAUCAACAAAGAGGUUGAGGCAUCAACGGAAGAGCCUACUGCUGCCCAAGAGUCUGCCAAGGAGCCUAUCAGCGAUGAGCCGGCAGCCCAGGUGCCUCAGGCCGAAGAAUCUGCAAAGGAAUCCUCUGCCGAAUUGGCAGCCGCAGAAGAAAUCACCGGCAAGGAGGCCGAGACACAUACGGAGGCGUCUACCGCUACUGAAGGACCCGCCAAGGAACUUGUCAGUGAUGAGCCUGCUGUUCAAUCUGCCUCAACCGAGGAGACCGCAGAACCAGUUAAGGACGAGACCACUCAAGUGGUAGCCGCCGAGGAACCCGAGCCACAGGCAGCCGAGACAUCUGCCACCAAGCUCGAAGCACCAACGGAAGAGUCCACUACUACAGAGGAGCCCGCGAAGGACCCAGUUAGCGAGGAAGCGCCGAAUCAGACUCUUCCUGCCGUGGAGCCCUCCAAGGAAGCCACAGCUGAAGAGGUAGCAAAAGAAGAGCCUACAAGCGAAGCAGCGCCAGAACCCGCUGUUGUCGAAGCAGACGUCAAGGAACCUGUUCAAGAUGAAGCUGCGACUGAAGCUCUGGCUGGGGACAAGCCGGCCACCCAGGAGUCUGUUGCUGAAGAGUCUUCCAAGCCAUCGGAAGUGAGCGAACCAGUGGUUCCAGACGUUUCCGCUGAAACUCCUGCCACUAAAGAGGCUGCCUCGAGCGAAACGCCUGCGGUAGUGUCAAAGGUUGAAGAGCCAGAGGUCGAGGAACCCGCAAACGAGUCCCAUGUCGAAGCAAUCGAGGAAAAGACUGCCGAGUCGAAGGACGAAGCUCCUGCUGCUCCCGAGGCACCAGAGGCAUCGGCUGCCGAGACCGCCGUUCCUGAACCUGCGAACGAAUAUCCCGAGGUCGAAGCUGCAGCUAAAGAGCCAGCCACUGUUGAAUCGGCCCAAGAGCCCAUCGCGACCACACGAGAGCAAGCUAAGGAAGAGGUGGCCAUCAAGGAGCCCACCGAAGCUACUGCUACCGAAGAAGCAGUUCCUGCGGAAGUAUCUGAGGUAAAGGAGGAAAUUGAAGAACCUGUUGCCGUUACUGAGAAGUCCGAAUUGCCCGCCGAUGAGCCUACUCUCUGCAAGGAUUGCGGUCCCGAGGAGGCUACGACUGAGGAGGCCGCCACCCAGGAGCCCAAGACCAGUGACGAGCCUGUUGGAGAAACCAAGGCCACUGAAGUGACUAUCGAAGAGCCAACUGCGGCGGAGACAACUGAAUCCGCCCCGGUUGAGGAGGCCGCUGAGUCAGAGACAGUGGGCGCUACUGAGAAGGAGUCCGCUGAAGAGACAGUCUCUACGGACGUGACUGCAGAGGAACCCUCUAUUGCCGAGGAAGUAGUUUCUUCAAAGCCCGCGACGGAGGAACCAGUCUCAGAGCCGCAGAUCAGUGAGGUGGCUGAACCUGCUGAGCAGGAAACCACCCCUCGGGCACCUGCUCAAGAUGAAGUUGCCGAGGCGGCAGCGACUGAAGAACAGCAGGAAGAUGAGACUGCACCGGUAGAACCUACUGUGCCCGAAGCGCCUGUUGCCAACCCUGCUGUUGAUGAACCUGCCGAGAAUGAGAGUCCCAAAGAUGUAGUGUCUGAAGAGCCUUCUCAGGAGUCAACUUCCGAGGAACCAGCUGUCCAGGAGGCCGCCACUGAAGCGGUUACUGCGAGCGCCUUGGCCGAUGAGCCUGCUGUGGAGAAGCAAGUUGAAGCCCCGGCUACGGUCGAGGAACCUCAAGAAGAAGAGAAAGCCGCGGAACAGCCCUCAGUCAGCGAACGACAAGAGGAGCUCGCAGCAGAGCAGGUCCCCACCAAGGAUGUUGCUGAGGAGCCAGUCGCAGAAGAAGCGACCAAGCACACAGAGGAGACAGAGGCCGCUGAGCCGGUGGUUAAAUCUGCUGCCGAGCCCGCCGUCGAACCCACCACUGAGCCCGCCGAGUCUGUCGUUGAGCCGGUUGAGUCUGUCGAGCCCGCUGCUGAGUCUGUCACCGAACCUGUUUCUGAGCCCGUGGCUGAGCCCGUUGCCGAGCCCAUUCCCGAACCUGUUGCUGAAUCUGUUGCCGAGCCUGUUACUGAGCCUGUUACUGAGCCCGUCGCUGAGCCCGUCGCUGAGCCCGUCGCUGAGCCCGUCGCUGAGCCCGUCGCUGAGCCCGUCGCUGAGCCCGUCGCUGAGCCCGUCGCUGAGCCCGUCGCUGAGCCCGUCGCUGAGCCCGUCGCUGAGCCCGUCGCUGAGCCCGUCGCUGAGCCCGUCGCUGAGCCCGCCAUCGCACCCGCGACUGAAAAGCAAAGCGAUUCUCAAGGGGUUGAAGAGACCACCGACGAAGUGAAGCCUGAGGUCGUCCCGGACGAUUCUACCGAGACGGCAGCAGAACCUGAGGUCAAUGGUGUGGUCAGCAGCAGUGGCGAGGUAGACCAAUCUCCAGCCGGUGAAGAGGAGGCCGCUAAGGUCGAAUCCGACCCAGUAGCCUCUGAGGAACACAAGACUGAAGACUCUGCCCCUGUUUCUAAUGGCGACUCUUCGGUUGAGAAAGACGUCGAUCCUUCCGCUCAGCCUGUCCCUCCAGUUCAGGAUGCCACUCCCGAGCCCACCGUGGAGGCCACCAAGGACUCAGAAGAGAAAUACUCGAUUGUGACUCCUGAGCUCGUUGGAGCUGGCGCCGCAGCUGCCAUCGCUGCCGGUGCUGUUGUCACUGGAGUCUCUUCCACGUCUCACAAAGAGCCUGAAGUCGUUACUGCACCUAAGGGCGAUGUGAAUGCCAAGGAACAGUCUCAGCCUCAUGACGGCAAGCAGGAAACUUCCCACCUCGUACCUGCAGCCCAGACCGCCGACAAUAAGCACACGGAAUCCUCCACUUCAAAGGACAUGCCCACGCCCGAGCCUGAAAGUGAUCCUGCUCUCGCAGCACUUGCUGGCGACCGCGAAGCUCUGCUCCGAAGGCUGGAGUUGCCAUCCACUGAACAGUUGCCUGCGGAACCUACUUUGUCCACCAGCGAUAACCAGGCUCUGAAGCCAGCCGGUCACGACGAGCACUCUCCUGUGUCUACCGACGGCCCUUCCGUCGCGACCGAGUCUAGCGCUCCUACCGAGGGCGAUGUCAGCAAGGCAAUUGCCCCCAAGAACAAUGAGGAGUCUCGUUCUCCCAGUCAAAAUCGGUCAGUCACUGCUGUUUCCUUGAACCAUAAGCGAGACAGCUGGUUGAGGACUAUUUUGCGUGCCGUCUUCGGCAAUUUCUUCGGCGCCAUCUUCUCGCCCUUCCGCCGUCGUGGAAGGACGGACCAGUAG